GGAUGUUUUUCUGGUACUUGGUGAUGGAAGAGUUGAGAGUCAUUCGUUCAACGUACCACUGACAGUGUUCAGGAUUAGCUGUGAUGAUGUCAGUGAUGGAAGCUCGUAUCGCAUCACUUGCACAGAAGCUGAAGGCAGUGACACUAUUGUUUCAUACAACUACACCAUCAACGGAGUAUUUAAAGGGAGUGGAAGUAACUUUCCCAUAGCGAUCGACGAAGA